UCUUUGCCACCAGCAAACAAAAUCUGUAUCGACUACGUAUAGUCAUCGUUAACGAAAUCAAAGCGACCUAAAUCGACGAAAUAGUUGGAUCAACUCCGGUCCAACGUUCCAGAAGAUUCUCGAAGAAGCCCGAAAGUAUCGCGAUAUCACGACCUCUGCUAUGUUCCAAGUCAGCGAACUGUCUCUCUCCAUCCCUCUACCCGACAAGAUACCUCGGUGACGGAUUAUAACACAACAAACCCAUAUAUUUACGAUUCUGGAUAGAGCGCCUGAUAGGGAGCUCUCUCGUUUUCUUUUUUCUUUCGGUUUUUCGGUCGGGGUUCGCAGUAUAUUGAAUGGAUUAAACACAAGAUGGCAUACGCUUCGCCACCAUACCACGGAUACCCGGAAGGGACUCCCUCUCCAUCUCCCCUAGGACGACACGGCGGCUUUUAUCAACAGGCCGCUCCUUCACCGCGUCACUAUUCGCACUCUCGACACGCCAGUCACGACUACGGUCACGGCCACAGCUCCCCGGGCGCAUCAUACCCAUCACCAAGAUACUCAAGUUCUGGACGCUAUUCUACCAGGACCGGUGUUGCGUCGCCCUUUGGUGAAGCCGAAUAUGUGAGUGACAAAACGCGGAAGACGCAUCAUCAUACCCACAACAAGCAUGGUCAGAGCCAGACUUGGUCGUUUCCAAACCCGCGGUUCACUCAGUCGUAUCGAGCCUCUUAUGGGGAUUCCGACGAAGACGAGUUGAUAAAUAUCGACGGUGAUAUCUAUAUUAUUCCCGGUGGUCGACGCACGAAGCAAACAUAUUAUCGUCGUAGUCGUGAAACUAAUCACUACUAUCCGCAGGGCUUCACUUAUGACAGAGACGGUACUCCUGUCAUCAUUGCUGAGCCGACUCAACGACACACUGAAACUACACCUCGACGUUCUCGCCGAGCAUCGGCAUCUACACCACAACGACCAUCGACGGCAAACCGCCCUUCGAGCUCAGCCAAGAAGCCACCACCACCCAUUCCCAAGGCCACGGAGGCAGAUGCGAGGGCGCACCACAUUCCUGCCGGAUAUUCUCUGAAGAACUGGGACCCCACGGAGGAACCUAUUAUGCUCCUUGGCAGCGUCUUCGACGCGAACUCCCUUGGAAAAUGGAUCUAUGACUGGACUGUAUACCGCCAUGGACCCGCAACGCCCAUCUCCGAUGUGGCCGGUGAAUUAUGGCUUCUCCUUAUCCAGUUGGCCGGGAAGGUCAAACGUUCCGAGGAGUGCAUGCCCAGGAUCAGAUCAGAGGACAACCGUCUCAUGAUCAACGACUUCAUCGAGUCUGGAGAACGCCUCAUGGAUAAACUCAAGAAGCUCCUUAAGGCAUGUGAGGGACCCAUGCUUAAGGUCGGCAAGAGGCUCGGGAGCAAGGAGCCACCGCUCCUGGGCAAGAACUCCGGCGUUGAGUUCGUCGACUCCAUCUUUGGCCGUGACCGUCAGCUUGACCACACCGAGAAGUUUAUGGCCAGCAUCAGACUAUGGAACCUCCGCUUCGACGCCAACUGCGAGGACAUUUUGCUCUACCCUACUGCUUAGGUUCACCAACACGCCUCUUUGGGCCCACCACAUACAUCAACAUACACGGCACAUUACAUCACCUCACUACAAUCAUACCUCAUUUACAUACCUUUCGUUUUGUACAACGAUGGUACAACAGAUACAUCGCACGCGCUACAGCGGGCCGGUUAUAGUCAACAACGCAUUAUACCCAUAUACCCGAGAUCACUUCACUGUGGUCUCCCAAAAAUAUUUCCAGCUAUCAGUCAUCCAAGUAAAGUAAUGGGGCAACCCUGGCACUGGCGUUUCUCUUAUGCAUGUUUUUCCGGUUUGAUACCACGGCAUACGAUCUAGACACGCACGGGCUUUUCAAGGGAAUUCGGACGACGGAUUGAUACCAGGACACAGAAUCAAGAAAACUAAGAAGAAAGAGAAGAGAAAAGGGAGGAGAAAUUAGAAUGGGACGGGAACGGUACGGGACGGGACGGGGGGGAGGAUCGGAAAAGUUUAUCGAGUACUGGAAGGCGCAGCGUUUAUGGUACGCUCUUCUCCUUCGUAAUGCGCGGGGCUUUCGUCAGGAAGGCGAAACUCGGCGAAUUUUGUUUUAAGACUUGGGAUUUUUGUUUGUCAGAGAUUUUGGAAUUUGGAACGGAAAGGCACAGGAGGCAACACUUGGAUUCUUGGGAUGGAUGGAUGGUGCAUUAUGGCAUGGAUCUGCCAUUGUAAUCGUAUUUUUCACUCGGGACGCGCUGGUCGGAGGCCUAUUUGGCGGUGGAUAUACCCCUUCUUAUUUUUAUCAAUCGUAGCUAGAAUCGAGAGUAUUGAAGACUUCUCGAGCA